ACGCCAGAUGGCGUACCAGACAAGCGGCUCAGCUGGCUGAGAUUGCUGAGAAUAGGUGAGCUUGAUUAGUCGCCAACUGGAGGCAAUCGUCGACUUGGAAUUGUUUCAUACACAGAUGAAAGUUAUCUUCCGUUCGGCAUUAACAAAUGCAUUUGUGUGCGCGACAACCGGUUUACAAGAUCGAAUGCUAGCCAAUGACGAUGUCGAUUCUACGCAAACCGCCGAGACUUUCCCUCCUCGUCUGACAGACCGAGCAAGACGCACGAACGGCGUGCUUCGUAACCUUCGUAACAUAUGUCGUAAUAAAAACAAUUGCUGUAGUUAACAGUGCGCUUAAGCCCGAACGUGACUGCGCACAUUUCAUCGGGAUUAGAUAAAGAAGACGGCUUUCAAGCAAAGUGAAUAGCUGAUAGCCAACUCUGCAAAUUGUUGAGCAUUGGGAUUUUUUCUCAUUUGAGAAUAUAUUUAAAAAAAUACAGAAAUGGAUCUUCCACUCAUGAGUGAUUAUUUGGAAACGUAUUCUGGCAGGGAUAAGAUGUUAAGAACCCUGUCUUAUACAGCAAAAUUACUUACUGUGUGUACUUCGUCCAAGAGUACGGAAAAGAAACUCAAGACCUUUGGAAGCCAGAUGAGCGAGUGCAGAGUGAUGUUGCGCUUACUGGAUGAUCUUCCGAUGCUUCACUGUGUGAUAACAUAUGGAUGGGGCAAGCAGGAACCUGACUGGUUGAUUAGAUGGAGUCAAGUGAUCCAAAAUGUAGUAGACAUUGUUUAUUCUCCCAUAGAGACCAUUGCUUGGGCUGGUCAGCAUAAUAUAGUGUCGAUUAAUAAUGACAAGUGGGAUCUUGCUACAACUUGGUUUUGGAUAGUUUCCUUACACCUGUCCUUAUUAAAGACGUUGAGACUAUUACAAAAGCUUCAGAAAUACAAAAUAGGAUUAAAAGGGAAUAAUUCUAAUAUGCAAACCAUGAAAGACCUUAAUAAGCAGCAGCAAAGUGCACUAUUGACGUGCACACGUACUGUGCUGGAUAUUUCUUAUGCAAUUAGCUAUUUACCACCUGGAGUACUUUGGGGAGGCCGUUUAAAAACGUGGCACGUUGGAGCACUUGGUACAAUAUCGUCAUUAAUUGGACUUUGUCAAGCUCUCAGUCGUCAAAUGAAAAAUUGAAAAUGUUUCUGAUAAUCGUUGAGAGGAGGUUUUUAUCGUUACAAUGAUUGUGAAAAAUGUAGGUGUGUAUAUAUUAUGGUGGUUGCGUUGUACAUAUAUUGAUAAUGUAAAAUAAAAAGUAUUACCACGUAUAUUAGUAUCAAAUAUUUUUGGAUCAACAAUAGCGAAAUAUAUUCUUCUGAUAACUUA